AUGAAUUAUUUUCGCAACCAUAUACCAUACAUGACGGACAUAACCAAACCCUUGGAUGAGUUACGCAAUGCUACCAAUAUACCUCAACAGUGGAACACCAAACACCAGAAGGCCUUUGAGAAGCUUAAAUACGCACUCCUCCAUGCACCAAUCUUGAGUUACCCCAACAUGUCCAAGCGUUUCCAUGUGGCUACUGAUGCCUCCAACGUGGGUAUUGCAGCGGUCCUCUACCAAAAAUACGACAACAAGAAGCACAUCGUUUCUUUCAUGGCAAGGGCCCUCACCAAGUCCGAACGCAAUUACAUGAUCACCAAAAAGGAGCUUUUGGCCAUCAUCUUUGCCUUGAAGAAGUUUCACAAAUAUUUAUAG